AUGAAGUGGAGGAUGUUAAGGAGGAAAUUUUCGAUCACUUUGGGACUAAAUUUAAAGAGAGUGAGGCGUUUAGACCGGCCCUUGGAGGGAGAGCGAUUUAAUAUGCUUAGCAAUGAGGACAAGUGUAUUCUCGAGUUACCUUUUGAAGAAAGUGAAAUAAAACAAGCGAGAAUUUCACACGGGUCUUCUCUUGCUAAAUCUAUAACAUCUUCCUUUUUGGCUUUGAUUCCUAAAUCUAACAAUCCGUUAGGUUUAGACGACUAUAGGCCGAUUUGUUUGGUUGGUAGCAUUCAUAAGAUCAUAUCCAAAGCAUUGGCGGGAAGAAUCAAACAAGUGAUCGGAAAAGUCAUUUCUAGUAGUCAAAGUGCUUUUGUUCCUGGGAGACAGUUGUUGGACGGGGCUUUAGUGGCGAAUGAGUUAGUAGAUUACGCUUCGAAGGAAAAAAAGGAGGUGUUGCUUUUCAAAGUAGAUUUCGAAAAAGCUUAUGACAAGGUCAAUUGGGAGUUUCUUCAAGCUAUGUUGAUUGGUAUGGGUUUUGGAGAUAGAUGGUUAAAGUGGAUGGAUGCCAUUGUUUUUUCGAGUCAUAUGUCGGUGUUGGUGAAUGGGAGUCCCACAAAGGAAUUCAAGGUGGAGAAGGGAUUGAGGCAAGGCGAUCCAAUCUCUCCUUUUCUCUUUGGUAUUGUUGCAGAGGGUUUGGAGGUUCUAGUGAAUGGAGCGGUGGAGAAUGGUGAUUUUGCGGGGUUUACGUUCAAGAGGAGGUGCUUCAUAGAUAUGCUCCAAUUCGCGGACGAUACUCUAUUAAUUGGUGAUGGUAGUUGGUCUCACUUGUGGGCUAUCAAAUCGGUUUUGAGUGCUUUUGAGACGAUUUCCGGAGGGAAAGGGAAGGAGUUUACCUUUUUAGGUUUACCCAUAGGAAGCAAUCCUCGUAGGAUUAACACUUGGGAGCCUUUGGUAGUGAAGGUUAGAAGGAGACUAGCGAGUUGGAAAGGAAGAUAUCUUAGCUUCGGAGGAAGAUUAACUCUCAUCAAGGCGGUUCUUAGUAGUUUAGCUAUUUUCUACUUAUCGUUCUACAAGGCGCCAAAGAAAGUUAUAAAGGAAAUCAAUUGUAUCCAAAGCAAUUUUCUGUGGGGUGGCACGGAAGAUAAAAGGUGUACUCAUUGGUGGAAAUGGAGGAUUUUAGACAAACCGGAAUCUUUGUGGUACGGAGUGUUGAAAGCGAGGUACGGAGAUGUCAACUUGAAGAUGGCUCACGCGGGUGAUUCAAGUAACGGCGGUAAUACAUCGUUUUGGCAUUCCAAUUGGACAAACCGGGGCCCUCUUAAAGACUGUUUCCCUCUGUUGUAUAGUUUAUCUUCCCUGCAGGAUGUAUCGGUAGCUCUUAUGGGCAGUUGGAUAGGAGGAACAUGGAAGUGGGGCGAUUUCGGCUUGUCGCGGUUUGCGGUGAACAGCCGGAGUAAUUUUGCAGCUGCGCAUUUUUUCCCUGCUGGGCUUUCCCUCCCGAUUGCGCUUCUGCCUAUCUCUUCUACUGCCGGCAGCAUCCCGAAUCUGUCACCAACAGCUGAGCCUUUGCAGGAGAAUCAUAGUUUGGAUACUUACAGCAUGGUUGGUGAGUCGAUGGAGAACUUGCUUUUAGACCUACAAAGCGUUUCCCUUGAAUUUGCUCGUGGUGACAGCGUGUCUUGGAGACCAGACAAGGAAGGUAUUUUUUCAGUUAAAAGCUGUUAUGAAAUUCUUUGCAGCAAUCUUAUUCCGUUUGGUCCGGAGGGAGAGUUUGAUAAGGCUCUUAUGCUUGUUUGGAAGGUGGAGGCCCCGUUGAAAUCAAAAGCUUUCAUAUGGCGUAGUUUUAUUAACAGGAUUCCGACAAGGGGAGCUCUUUAUCGGAAAGGUAUCAUCCCUUUUACCAAUUCUGUCUGUGCCUUUUGCUGCGGCUUUGAAGAAGACCCGGCUCAUUUAUUGUUAAAUUGUCAUUGUGUUGAAUUGGUGUGGAAGGAUAUUGCCAAGUGGAUAGGCUUUGAUAAUUAUUAA